GGAGUGUUACGGACACGGCGGCUAAAACUUCCUAAACUAUGAGAAGAGUUGUUACCACAUCCUGAGAUAAGUCACGCCAGCGGUCGUAACAUCGAUUGCCUCACAGUUUCACGUUCAACCUUUGUAGAAACAAGUUUUUUUUCCCCACCACGAAUCAACAACACGGCGCUUACCAGGCUAGCCAAUUAGCUGGCUAACAGGAACAGCCUCUGCUGUGACGGUAGCUAUGUAAAGUCUGCGUUGUGCGAGUCAAAUAUUGUUUCAUCACCUGAGCCGAACCAUGAGAAGGACUAAGGAGGACUUUAGCGACCGUCGUUGACGUACAAUUUACAGAAAACGCAGCAGUUAGCGUGCUAACAUUAGCCCGUCCGCGGAGCAGGGGAAUAUCAGAGGCAACUGUCAAGAUGAGCUCUCUGCUGCGAGGUGAAGAGAUGUGUCUGGCCCAGCUGUUCCUGCAGUCCGGCUCUGCGUACGACUGCAUCAGUGAACUCGGAGAACUGGGGCUGGUGGAGUUCAGAGACCUCAAUCCCAAUGUUAACGCCUUCCAGCGGAAACACGUCAAUGAGAUUAAAAAAUGUGAAGAGAUGGAGAGGAUCCUCGGAUACCUUCUGAGGGAAAUCAAGAAAGCAGACAUUUCACUGCCAGACAGAGAUGUGAACCCAGUGGCUCCUUUACCCAAGCACGUCAUUACUAUCAUGGAGCAGCUCCAGAGACUAGAGGUGGAGUUGGGUGAAGUCACCAGGAAUAAAGAGAAGCUGCAGAAGAAUCUGCUGGAGCUGACAGAGUACACACACAUGCUGCGCAUCACUCGCAGCUUCGUACAGAGAAGUGCUGAGCGAGAGCACCUAGAAGCACAGUAUGAGGAGUUUCCCUUCCUAGAAAAAGACACAAUGAUGGACUACAGCAGCAUGCAGAGGCUGGGAGCCAAACUGGGUUUCGUCUCUGGGCUCAUUCAUAGGGUGAAAAUCGAGGCCUUUGAGCGAAUGCUUUGGAGAGUAUGUAAAGGCUACACAAUCCUCAGCUAUGCUGAAGUUGAAGAGUAUCUAGAUGAUCCUGACACAGGUGAACCUACGAAAAGUGUGGUGUUCCUGAUAUCUUACUGGGGAGACCAAAUAGGCCAGAAAGUGAAGAAGAUCUGUGAUUGCUACCACUGUCACUUGUAUCCGUAUCCCAGUAGCAACGAGGAGAGGAAUGAUGUCGUGGAGGGACUAAGAACUCGCAUUCAGGACCUGCACACAGUGCUUCAUCGGACAGAGGAUUAUCUGAAACAGGUCCUGAUUAAGGCUUCAGAAUCCGUCUACACCUGGGUCAUCCAGGUCAAGAAAAUGAAAGCCAUCUACUACAUUCUGAACCAGUGCAGCUUUGAUGUGACGAAUAAGUGUCUAAUCGCUGAGGUGUGGUGUCCCGUCGAUGACAUUCCCACGCUGCGGAGAGCGCUCGAAGAUGGAUCGAGAAAAAGUGGAGCAACGGUUCCUUCCUUCGUCAAUCGAAUACCCACUACUGACACUCCCCCCACCCUGAUCAGAACCAACAAAUUUACCUCUGGCUUCCAGAACAUCGUGGAUGCUUAUGGAGUGGGAACUUACAGGGAGGUGAACCCUGCUCCAUUCACAAUCAUAACUUUCCCGUUCUUGUUCGCUGUGAUGUUUGGGGAUCUGGGUCAUGGAGCUAUCAUGGCUCUCUCAGCUGCCUGGAUGGUUUUGUACGAGAACAACCGAAAACUUAAAAACACCAGGAACGAGAUCUGGAACACAUUCUUUGAGGGACGGUACAUCAUUCUGAUGAUGGGCCUGUUUUCCAUCUACACUGGCCUCAUAUACAAUGACUGCUUCUCAAAAUCCCUUAAUAUCUUUGGUUCUGGGUGGAGUGUGAAGGCCAUGUUUGACACGAAAGUGUGGACUCCGGAUACCCUCAUUGGAAAUCGUGUUCUUUCACUGGAUCCGAACGUUACAGGAGUUUUCAAAGGACCAUACCCUCUGGGAAUCGACCCAAUUUGGAACUUGGCAUCCAACCGCCUUACAUUUCUCAACUCCUAUAAGAUGAAAAUGUCUGUGAUCCUGGGCAUCAUACACAUGAGCUUUGGGGUCGUCCUCAGCACUUUCAAUCACCUACACUUUAGGAAGAAGUACAACCUGUACUUAGUGUUCCUGCCUGAGCUCCUGUUCCUGUUGUGUCUGUUUGGAUACCUGGUGUUCAUGAUUUUCUACAAGUGGCUGUUCUUCACUGUUAAGGACUCCAGAUAUGCACCGAGCAUUCUCAUCCAUUUCAUAAACAUGUUCCUCAUGCAGGGCGACGCAAUGCAGCCUCUCUACCCAGGACAGACUGGCCUGCAGGUAUUUCUUUUGGUUAUUGCUGUUCUCUCAGUGCCUGUUUUACUCCUGGGGAAACCUGUCUACCUUUAUUGGCUUCAAAAUGGAAGCCACCGCCUUGGAAUGUACAGGGGAUACGAGCGCGUGCGGCGAAGCAGUGAAGAGGAGCUCUACCUGAUGAGGGCUCAUGACAUGGAGGAGGGCAGCAGUCACAGCGAGUUUUCCACUAGUGGAGAGCAAAACACGGAGGAGUUUAACUUUGCAGAUGAGUUCCUCCAUCAAGCCAUUCAUACUAUCGAGUAUUGCCUGGGUUGCAUCUCCAACACCGCCUCCUACCUGAGACUCUGGGCUCUGAGCCUGGCACAUGCCCAGCUGUCAGAGGUGCUGUGGGCCAUGGUGAUGCGAAUAGGACUACGAAUGGACACCAGUCUUGGGGUUUUAUUCCUGGUGCCAGUGUUUGGCCUGUUUGCUGUUCUCACUGUGUCCAUCCUCCUGGUGAUGGAGGGUCUGUCUGCGUUCCUCCAUGCCCUCCGGCUGCACUGGGUGGAGUUUCAGAAUAAAUUCUACAGUGGGACUGGAGUCAAGUUUUGCCCCUUUUCCUUCUCUCUCCUGCCCUCCAGCUUUGAGCACGACGGUUUACUGUGAACGGACUAUCUAAUAACACUGUCAGGUGGCGAACAGAGCCAAAACAAGCCAGCAGGGUUCUGUGCUUAAAAAGACUUGAUCCAGAGAUGUCAUGAGGUGAUUUUGAUAUUUAUUUUUCCUCUUUUAAAAAAUUUGUCAUGUAAAGAAAAUUGUAUGGUGAGUUUCACAAAGUUUCGCCAACCUGCUGCACUCCCAAUUGUUUCAAAAAAAACAAAAAAACAUGGACAAAACAAAGUGUGCUGUUGAGAAAUUAGUAUUUCUAAUUGCAAAUUCAUGUAACAAAGAGUAUUUUGUAUCAGGAUCAGUUUAUGAAACAGCACAACAUUUUGAGGUUGAAAUGUGAGGAUCAGUUUUAAAAUGUAACCCAUAUGCUUACAACCAUCAAAUUUUUAUAAGAUAACGGUUGUUGAUGUCAUUUCUAUCCACCAAAAGUAAAAUAAAGGAAAAAAAACCCAACAAUAUAAGAUAUUUACUAUUAGAUAAUAAGCAAUUAGAAGGACUUACGAUCUGGAUGCACAGAAAUCUCUGACGGAGUAAUUUGUUCCCAUUUUGGGGGGAUGAAUAAGAAAAAAGAUAAAAAUAACAUCUUUUCCUUUAAGAAGAAAAAAAAAUCAGAUCUUUAUUUAUUUCUUGUGUUUCCCUAGGGCAAUUCAUUUUGGCAUAAUUGUGUUUGUGAAUGCUGUUAUUUUAGUUUCAUUCUUGACUAAGUUUCAGUCUUUGGCCGAUUUGGUUUCCGCAUACUGAGUAGUGAGCCACUUCAGUUAGUUAUUGCUCAGCUUUUUGUUGCACUGACUGCCUUACAGAAGUACAACUGCAUAACAGCAUACUGUAUCACUCUUCAGGUUCCCUUAUGUCCCCAGUCUAUCCUACCAAAACACAGUGAAAGGUGUUUGAAAGGGCUUAUGCCGCGAUGAGAUGUGUAUAUACUUUUGCAGAAUUAUUUUUUAAUUUAUUUUAAAACGUCGGAACGGAAGUACAGAUGAAUGUUAAUGGAAUGUGAUUUUUACUUUGAUGCAUUCACAGUGUUGCCUUUGCGCCUGCCACUUACUGUACAAUUUAACAUUCCAUGCAUGGAAAAACUUCAAUCAUUCAUUUGUUGACUCAGCUCUGCUGGCUGGAAGUAGCUUACUUUGAAAGAUCCUAAAUCCAUUAUUAGUACAGUGGCUGGCCUGCAUUAAACCUUAAUAGGAGCAAAUUUAGUUACUGGUUUCAGGCACUGGUAUUUGAUCUUUUCUUUUUUUUUUUUAGUGGGUUAGUACCAUCAGGAAUUGGGAUUGUUUCCAAAGGGAAGGAGAAUAAAUUGUUGUCACUGUUGUGUGUGGGAGGGAAAAAAGCGUCUGCGUUUUGUUCUGUGGCAGCAGAAUUGAACUGAUUAUUUUAGCAGAGGUUCAGUUUGUUAUCAGAUCUUGAUGAUACAAGUGGCAGUCGCGGUUUUAUUAGGGCAGGUGACAUUUCAUUAGUCGAAAAGGAAUUGUUCAAUGCUUGAUUGAAGGGGUAUUGUAAUUUCUUCUAAUGCAAGCCUGAUUGCUCAUUUAAUUUUAAGAAUCAUGUUUUUCUGUUCACAAACACUACAUGCUGUAAUUCUUUUAAGAAAAUUGUCUGUUCAGCCUCAAUGUCAAUAAAUUGUAUUUGUUUGAGUAG